AUGCUGUCUCAACGGAUCUUGGCCCGGCGCCUGCCCCAGGUGGCCGCCCGCUUCUCCGUCCCUCGUGCUUCGUUCUCCCAGCUUCGCAGUCUGGCCGCGCCGGAGCUUGAUGACCCCCUUCAGAACGGCAACUACCAGAACCCUCCCCGUAUGAAGCGGGCCUUCAGAGAUCCCUAUGGCGACUGGUGGGACAAGCAGGAACGCCGCAACUUCGGCGAGCCUGUUCACGAGGAGAACGAAAUUCUAGGUGUCUUCAGCCCUGAGCAAUAUACCCAUGUGACGUCUGGCAAGGGUAUCCUUCAGAUCGGAGCCUUCAUCGUGGCUUUCCUCGGCUUGUGCGGAACCGUCAGCCUUUUCUACCCUGAUAAGCCCAGCGUUCCCAGGACCUUCCCCGACGGUUUGGAGAAGGAGUUGGGUGGACCCAGGGCUGUUCCCGCCCGUAAAUCUGGCGAAGACUCGUGGUGA